AUGGGCUGGACUGUGUGUAAUGCUACGGAGGAGCAUGAAAAAAUCUCCGAAACCGCCCUCUGGGAUGGCGGCGUCACUUUUCACGACCUGAGCUUGAUUGUGGGUGGUGUAUGUGGUUUACUCGCCUGCAUCAUCUCCAUCGCCCUUAUCAUGGCCCAUGCCAUGCACUACAGCAAACCUAUCGAGCAGCGCCAUAUUAUUCGAAUCCUAUGGAUGGUUCCUAUAUAUUCGAUCGUCGCAUGGCUCAGCAUCAUGUUCUAUAACGAUUCCGUCUACUUCGAGGUUAUCGGUGACUGUUAUGAAGCGUUCGCCAUUGCCUCUUUCUUCUCCCUCAUGUGCGCCUAUAUCGCGCCCGACUUGCAUAGCCAGAAGGACUACUUUCGCGGUAUUCAGCCCAAGCCAUGGGUUUGGCCCUUGAACUGGUUUCAGAAGUGGGCAUGGUGUGGAGCGAAGCGAGGGGCGUGGCGGAACCCGCGAAGCGGUUUGACGUGGUUCAAUGUGAUUUGGGUCGGUGUCUUCCAAUACUGCUUAAUGCGCGUGUUGAUGACCAUUGUCGCGGUCGCCACUCAAGCUACCGGGAGGUAUUGUGAAGAAACGCUCAGUCCUGCCUUUGCGUAUAUUUGGGUUGUCGUCAUUGAAUCCGUCAGCGUCAGUAUUGCGAUGUACUGCCUGAUCCAGUUUUACAUCCAGAUUAAGGAUGAUAUCAAGGAGCAUAGCCCUUUCUUGAAAAUCCUUGCGAUCAAACUGGUUAUCUUCCUUUCUUUCUGGCAAUCGGAAGUCAUUAGUCUGCUCAUGUCUAGUGGCAUUGUCAAUGGUUCGAAGAAGGUUAACACUAUCGAUCUCAAGUACAGUCUACCAGAGCUCUUGAUUAACAUCGAAAUGUUAAUUUUCGCCAUUUUGCACUGGUGGGCUUUCCCCAAGAAACCCUAUAUGAUUCCCAGCCAAUCCGCAGAGGUGACCGAUUUCUACGGCGCUGGCAAGGGAUCCUACGAAGGAGGAAGAUGGGGUUUCAAGGCCCUAGCCGACGCAAUGAACCCACUCGACCUAUUAAAAGCCGUCGGGCGUAGUGCACGCUGGCUGGUCGUCGGCUUCAAAAAGCGCACCCUGGAUCCCAGUUAUCAACAGUCCUCGACCGACGCAAUCGGCCUGCAACCCCCAGAAUCCGGGGUCGUCCAGGGAACUGCCUAUCAGGGCGCUACACCCGUGGCGGGUGGUCGGACAGACCGUUACGGUGCUUCACCUUCACCGGACGAGGAGGGUGCCGUUCUUCUCGCUAACGCCCAAGCAAACCCGGAGGUCGCUCCUUUGGGUACUUCGCCAUACGCCUCUGAUGCGGAGGAGUAUCUCGCGGGACACUCAGGAAACCGUUACUACGGCCAAGAGAGCUCGCCUUCACCCUACUUCCCGCCUGAAAUCCCCGACACUGCCUAUCACAGCAACACUUAUGACCCCCAUUCUGCAGUCCCGAACCCCUAUGCAGCCCCGAACCCCUAUGCAGCCCCUAACCCUUACGCCGCCCCCCACCCUUAUCCAGUCGAUGGCCCGCUUCGUGAGCAGGUCCCUAUGCCCAUCCCAGAUCCAUAUAGACCUCCACCACCAUACCCGGAAAGUCAUCAUGAACGAUAA